AUGAAGAUCAUCAUUGCUAUCGCAUGUGCCUUUGUCGCGUAUUCCACCGCACAAACCGUCGCACCGAUGGCAGACGCAGACGUCGACGCGCUCGCGCCCAUUGCUGCACCUAAUGCGACGACACCCGCAGUGCCCGCAGCCAAUGCUACAACGCCCUCUGUCAAUGCAACAAUGCCUGUAGCGAAUGCCACGAUGCCGAUGUCGAUGAACUCGACAAUGCUCGCAACGCCUUCGGCUGCCACUCCCGAACAGACUAGUGCGCCCGAUAGUGCUGCAUCCGCAUCACCCAGCGCCAACACGAAUGCAAUUAUGGAUCAGCUGACCGCGCUCGAAGGUAUGGUCAGUGCAACAGCAGCGCCUACGAUUCCCAAAAGCUUCGACUUUGGCGCUGCACAAGCAACUGCAUUGGUAUGCCUCCUGUCCCGAACGUGCUAUGCCCGCGCUGAGCGCGUGCCACAGCCUACAAAUAUCAAUGAUAUUCUCGUUCGCAUCAAGUCAUCUCUCGAUCAGGGACGGAUUGCAAUGGCGUUGAAGCGCAUCAACAAGGAACUCCUCGAUCUAGGCAAGGAUCCACCAUCGUCAUGCAGCGCAGGGCCGACCGGUGACAACCUGUUUCAAUGGCAAGCGACGAUCAUGGGACCGGGAGACUCUCCCUAUGCAGGCGGUGUCUUCUUCCUCUCGAUCACUUUUCCGACCGACUACCCUUUCAAGCCGCCCAAGGUCGCUUUCACGACCAAGAUCUACCAUCCCAAUAUCAACGCAAACGGCAGCAUCUGCUUGGACAUCUUAAGGGAACAGUGGAGCCCUGCGCUGACAAUAUCCAAAGUGUUGCUCUCGAUCUGCUCGCUUCUCAACGAUCCAAACCCAGACGAUCCGCUCGUACCGGACAUUGCGAAUCUGUACAAGACCGACCGCGCUCGCUACGAAAGCACGGCAAGAGAGUGGACCCGAAAGUACGCGACAUGA